AUGUACUUCACACUCGAUACUCCAUCUGCCUUUAGAUUCUACGUCGCUCCACACGUUGUCGACGUCGACAUUUGGUUAUACCCAAACAGUGGUGCCAAUAAAGCACCAAUUACCCAUUCAGCAGAUGCAACACCAGGUGCAGAUGAAGUUAUCUACGCAGAUCUACCAGCAGGUGAUUAUAAAGUCAGAUUACUCUUCUUCUCUGUUAUCAAAGCAAAGAAUUUAGAUUGUCCAACUUUAACAAUUGAAGCUGCAAUUACACCAACCGAUACUAUUAAAAGUAGAACAGGAAAUUUAAAUUGUCCAGCAAAAUCAACAUUCCCAAAUCCUCAAUUCAAUUUCGAUAAGGGAACAUUCAGAUAUGAUUCCGAUGUUGACGAAGCUGGUACAUUGUUUAAUGUCAUCGACACCAUCGCACCAGGAAGAAACAAUAUUACCUUCUUCCAACAAUACCCAUUCACCUUGCCAAAGGGUGUCAUCUCCACCGACAAAUGGGGUAUCGAAAUAACAAUGGGAUUCCACUUUUUAACUGGUGGUUCAUUAGGUUUAUUGAUUCAAGAUGCAGAGACACCAGCACCGACAUCAUUCGCAUGUAUUAAAGCAGGAAACUGUACUAUUGGUGUUCACACAACAAAGGAUCACUCGACUUUGAAGACUGUUGUCACACCGGGUGACUACAUUCUCUACUUGUACGAUCAAACUCAAGAGAAGGAUGCAUCGAUCAUGCCACCAUGCACACCAUUCUCAUUGCAAAUCGACAUUGAAUCGGCACACGAAACCGAAACCAUCUUGAACUGUAACGCUCAAACCCUUCCAGAUUCAUUCAACGCACCAGGUUAUAUCGACGAUCUAGGAUAUCUCUAUUAUGAUGAAGAUGUCUUCUUAGACUUGGUAACUGGUUCCGACAAUGUUAGCUUUACAAUUAAACAACAAAGUUAUGCUAGAGUAUAUAUCCCAUCACAUAGAGUAGAUAUUGAUGUUCAAAUCUCAAAUUCCACAGGAAAAAAAUGUCAUAUUAAUUUACAUUUUUCAUUUAUAAAAUCAAUAGUUGUCAUGUCAUCAUUUAAAUGGGGUGGAGAAGAAGAGAUUACAGGUUUAUUGGAAGCAGGUACUUACAAUUUCAAGGUAUUAUUCUUUGGAAAGAAUAUCGAUGUCUUUUGUGAUACUUUUAGUUUGGAGUUUGCCAUUGCUCCAGUCACAGACUACACUGAGCUUAACUACUGCGACGGUAUCACCACUAAUAUCUCACCGGAUCUCUCUGGAAUUCAAGAUGCCAUCGAUGCCAACAAGGUGUACAACCUCAAUACAGCGUCACCAGUAACCUACCAAUUCAUGUUCAACGGUCAAUCCUCACAGGCCACCGUUACCAACCAGACAUUCACCGUCUCAAAAACCAGCUAUUUGUAUGUCGAGAUGGAUUCCAACUUUAUCCUCGGUGAUAUGCGUAUCGCCAUUGUUUCCGUACCCGAUCCAGAUGACGACAACGUCGAGCCAACCUUGAUCUUGGGUGACCACUCGCGUAACUCUCACCACCUGUUUGUGCAACUCGAGAACGGUACCUACACGCUCGCCAUCAUGACCGGACUCACCUCAAAGAAUCCAACUUUCCUGCCACCAUGCAUCCUCUACUCCUUGAAGGUCUCACUCACCUACAAGAGCGACCCAUGCUUUGGCAAUCUCCCAUUCCCCACUAAUUUGAACACCCCAGGUUAUCUGCUCACCUCAACAUCGAUCCAUUUGACCGAUGAGUUCUUGGUGCCACCCAUCACCUUGAUUACCGCCUCACAAAACACAGCAUUCACCGUCACCAUCCCAUCGAUCUUCCGUGCAUUCGUUGAGGAUGCCUCCAUCGAUAUUGACAUCACCCUCUACGAAGGAAAGACAAAGGUCGCCUGGAGUAACAACUUCAACGGUGAGGAAUCACUCGAGUACGUCGUACAGCCAGACAAACAAUAUCGUUUGCAAACCUCUUUCUACCACUGGCCAUUCGUCACUGACAACCAAGCUUGCUACACCUACCAAGCUGCACUCUCCAUCACCCCAACCACUGAGAAUCCAAAGGACAAGUGCACCAGCAUCUUGCCACCAGCCAACUUUAUCCCCGACGCAUCAUUGGAGCCAGUCCGUGUCAACGGUACCUUCAGAUUCACCCAAGUCAACCAGACAUUCUCACAGGACAUUGCAUUCAGCGUGCCAACCACCAAGAAUGGAAACACUGCCUUGUUCCGUGCCAUCUUGAACUACGACUUUGUCUGGAACGACAUGGCCAUCGCCUUGAAGAAAUCCGACCAAACCGUCAUCACUUACUCGUCGCUCGGUUACAACCGUGCCGAUAUCCUCCCGAGAGCUUUGACACCGGGUGACUACAUUCUCACUGUCUACGAGCCAAUGGCAACCAACGCCAACUCUGCUGUUGUCUUGAACAACUGUGUCGACUUUACAUUGGACGUUGCGAUUCAGAUGGUCGACGACACUCAAGUCAACCAAGACACAAUCGUUUGUGACAGUUUGCUCUUCCCACAAACCUUCAACUCGAUCGGAUACAUGUCGGCUCUUACCGACGGUGGAUUGUCAUUCCAACAAAAGGUUCUCGUUGACGUGUUGGCCGGUAACGACAUUGUCAAGUUCACCCUCGCCAAGCCAUCGCUUCUCCGUAUCUACGUACCAUUCCACCCAACUGUAGACGUCGACUUUACUCUCACAGUCGAAGGUGGUAAGACUCCAAUCGACUACGCUCGUGGUAGCGGUGAGGAGCUCAUCUACGACCAAUUGGCAGCCGGCAACUACAUCAUCAAGUUUACAUACUACGGACAAAAUGGACCACUUCCACAAGUUGAGGACUGCACCUACAUCACUGCUUUCAUCUCCAUUGAGAAGGUCGACAAUCUCCUCGCUAUUCCAUCGAUCACUACCGCUUGCCCCAACACUGCUACACUUCCAACACAAAUCGUUGGAAACCAAAACUACUCACAAGUGUUCUAUCGUGCUACCCAAUUCCCACUCCAACCAAUGCCAAUGACCUUUAGCAUUACUGGUGCUGCCUAUCUCAAUGUUUCGUUGCAAUACAACGAUUUGGUGACAUCGAUGAUGAUGAAACUCAACUCGACAACCACCAUCAAUGGUAAGCCAGUCGUAAAGACUCUCUAUCCACUCUACCAAGGUGGACAAGCAUUGUUUAGUGAGCUUCUCGCAGCCGGUACCUACCAAUUGACAGUGUACGACAAGUCCGGAGCAAAGAAUCCAAUCCUCGGUCUCGUUUGUUCCAGCUACCAACUCAGCUACUACUUGAACACCACCACUCCAGAUGUCACUCCAUGUGAUACCACCAACCUCCUCCCAGUGGAUCUCUUCAGCACCAAGGGUGGAAGUCUUCCAUACGGUGGUCCACAAAACGCAGCCGGUGAGAUUGUCUUUAGAGGUUCACGUUUCUUCCUCUCCAAGGAUCCAAUGUACAAACACAACCGUAUUGCUUUCAUGGUUCCAACUGAACCGGUAUACAUGCGUCUCUACGCCGAGACAUCGCCAAACAACGAUAUCGACUUCUUUGUCUACAAGAACGCCAGUGAUCCAGCAUCACUCAUCUACUCGUCCUACUCUAGCUCCAACGUCGAAUCGACCCUCUGGCGUAUCGAACCACAAGCCACACCAUACACCCUCGACGUCAACUUUAUGAGAAUCAACAACAAGCAGACCUGUAACACUCUCCACUUUGAAUGGGCAAUCGAAACCGUCAAGCACUUGCAAGACGACAUGUUGUGUCCAUCGCCAAUGCCAAACGAAGUCGACCAAGUUCCACCAGACACCAUCGAGUUCCAAUAUGGAAAGGAUGUUAACAUUGGUUCCGACGGUUAUCUCUUUAGUUCCGCUCGUAUCAACGGUAACGUCAAGAACGACAUCUUCCGUUAUCGUAUGUCUCUCGAAGUUCCAUCGACCACCAUGAUCUACGCCGAAGUCGGAUUCGACUUCCUCGACAACGACAUGGAUAUGAUCUUGUACUCGAGAAACCAAGAUGGUUCGACCACUCAGCUCUCAACCGGUACCAACACAUUGCCACGUACCACCGACACUGCCUACAACUUCCUCAACAUCAUUCAAUACAAUUUGACAACCGGUAACUACUUCCUCGAUAUCACAGAGAAUAUGAAGAUCAAUUCAUUCAACAUCACCAAUGCCUGUCAUUUCUUCAGUUUCCACCUUGUCGGACAAUCGUUCGCUACCGGAAUGCCACCAAGAGUCUUGGGUGUCUUGCCACCAGGCGGUUGGAACUUGAAUCCAAAUCUUCCAAUCACUGUAAACGUUCGUUUCUCUGAGCAAGUCUUUUACAAUGGUACUCAAUCUUUGUUGGAUUACAUCACCAGCAAGCGUACUGUGCUGUUGACAUCGACCACUACCACCGGUCUCACUAUCACACCAAGCAGUGCCGCCUUGAAGCGUAACGACAAGACCACUCUUGUUGUCAGUUUCUUCCCAGUCAAUGCAUCGUCCGCCUGGAAGUUGUCAGUUGACGCCUCUGACUUUGUAACUACCGACAAUGAGAAGUUCUCAGACGAGAACACCACCGCUGUACAUCUCUACAAUAUGUUUGUCUGUCAAUGUUCGAACCACGGUGACUGCUUGGCCACUCCAAAGGGUGACUUUGUCUGUCAGUGUAACGAUCCAUGGACCGGAAAAGACUGUUCCAAGUGUAAGGCCGGUUACCACGGUGUUGGAAAUAGCUGUGCCGUCAACGUUCCAUGCGCUCCAAACAACGCUGACUGUAACGGACACGGAAGAUGUAAUGCCGACGAAGGUUAUCCAGAGUGUCAAUGUACCACCGGUUACACUACCACCGACAUCGGUUCAAUGUGUAGCUCCUGUGACUAUGGAUACACCGGUUAUCCAAACUGUACAAUGAGUGACGACGAUCGUGGUACUCUUUGUAUCGCACCACUCCUCCCAGUCGACCUCAACUCCACCGAGUAUCUCGCCUUUAACAACCGUGUACACAUUCAAGACAACUACUACUUGGACAUCAACACUGGAUCACACAGCACUCUCUUCUUAUUGAAAGAACAAUCGGUAUUGCGUGUCUACACUGAACCACAUCGUGCCGAUAUCGACUUGUGGCUCUACAGUGUCGGUGAUGACGGUAAGCCAUUGGAAUUGAUCGAUCGUUCCAUCACCUUUGGACACGAAGAAGUAAUCUUCAAGACAUUGGAAGCCGGUCCAUACGUUCUCCAAUUCAAGUAUUACUUGUGGGACAAGAACAUCAAGUUGGACUGUGAAACUUUCAACCUUGAACUUUCGAUUGAUACCACUGCCAACCUCGCCAACGAUAUGACCAACUGGCCAUGUGGAAAAGCAAGCUUGCCACCCGCCAACACCAUCCCAUCGGUUGUCACCGAUGACUACACCUACUCUGACCCAGGAACUCUCUACUCUAUCCCAUACACCACUAGCAAGGAUGCAGUCUACCUCUGGAACACUACAUUCACAGUCAAGUCCGCAAAGCCCGGUCAAGUUGCCAUCUUUGAUGCUAUCAUGGGAUACCAAUUCCUCCAAGGUGAUCUCUCACUCGUUUUGCAAACAGGAUUCGGUGAUCCAAAAUGCAAGGGAGGUGACCAAACCGGUAUCACAGGUUGUGUAUUCGGUGACAAUGAAGUCAAUCGUAAUCUUCUUCACGCCACUCUUCAACCAGGAAACUACACAUUGUUUGUCUAUGCUCCAGAUCAAAUGUACAACAUGCAGUGUGCACUCUUUGACUUGUUCAUUGAUAUCAACUUUGUCUACGACGACGAGUCGUUCUUCAACUGCGACGGUGAUAUUCUCCCAGCCAGUCUCGACUCAUCAGAAUUUAUCAACAAUGACUACCUCCACAUCCAAGACACCUAUCUCAUGAACACUCAACACAACACCAUGAACUUCACCCUCAGAUACGACAGUGUAAUCCGUAUCGUUGCUGAGCAAGACAAGGCAACCAUCAAUAUCACUCUCUACAACCUCGACCAAAAGAUCAAUAUCCAAAGUGCCAGCACCAUCUUUGAAAAGGUUGUUGCCGGUAACUACCAGUUGGAGAUUGACACUGACUACGUUGCCACUUCCACCAAAUUCUGUCCACUCAUGAAUCUUGAGAUUGCCAUCGAGCCAGCUACCAACUUGAUUCCAACAUACCCACCAAACUGUCCAUCGAACAACCAAGACGUUCUCCCACAAAUCAACAUUCGUAUUCCAUACAUCUUUGAGAAUGCUACAACGACCAAGGGUACCUACUACUCUUUCGGAACCAAACAAGUGAUUGCUAUGUACUCUUUGACCACCACACAAAUACUCAAUCUCUACACAGCUGUCGCCAGUGACUUCCUUCGUGGUGACCUCCGUGUCAAUCUCUACAGAACCACCAAGGGUGUAUCCAAGUUGUUUGUCAGCGGUUUCCACGACUACAACUACAACUCGAUCAAUGUCAACCUCGACCCAGGUACCUACAUCAUCAAGAUCGAGCGUAUCUCAACUCCACGUACUGUGACCGGUCUCGAUUGUGUUCCAUUCGAAUAUGAGCUCAAUGUUCUCCCAUUGGCAAUGGCUCAACUCUGUCCAGGUGAACACGUCCCACUCUCUUUGAAUUCGAUCCGUUUCCUCGGUGUGGAAGGUAGAAUGCACUAUGAAUCAAGCAACUUUGUCGUUCCAUACACCGGUAACAUGUUCUCGAAAUCAGAGAUUCCAUUCCAAGUACCAGUUCCCUCUAUCAUGAGAGUCUACACCUCACCAAAUCUCGUUGAUGUCGAUAUCAAGAUUGUCGAUCCAUCUACCAACCAAGUUGUUGUUUCCGGUAGCAACGGUAUCAACUCUGAGGAAUCGUUCAUUACCAGCCUCCAAAAGAACUAUCCAUACUUGUUUGUCAUUCAAUACUGGCGUUGGGGUAAGAAUGUCCCAACUUGCAAUAACUUUAACAUGGAAAUUGCAAUUGCUCCAGCCACUCCAUUGGAUGAUGUUUGUCCAGGAGCUGGUCAAGAUUUCUGGCCACCUGAUCUUCCAUCUACUCUCCCAGCGUCCUUCUACUACAACUCUAUCGAUUCCAACAACAACUUGUUCUACCAACAAGAAACCUCUGGUCUUGCAUCUCACGCCAUGACAUUUACUGUCACCAAGACCUCUAACUUCCACGCUCAAGUCGGAUACGAUUUCUUGACUGGUGAUCUCUCAUUGAAAUUGGUUCCAAAGGUUGCCGGACAAAAGACUACCUAUGGUGUCGUCAGACCCAAUCGUAACAUGUUGGAUAUCGUCGGUUUAGCUCCAGGACAAUACACUCUCUACAUCUAUGAAUCCUACCAAUCGUUGAAAUCAAUCAUGGGUUGUUCCUUCUUUAACUUUGAGAUCUUGAUUGAACAAGCCGGUUCUAUCGAUCAAGCCGAUGGAUUCCUCCAUAUCUUACCACCAACUCUCGAUACCUAUGCACUUCUCAAAUACAACAACCGUAUUCAUCUCCAAGGAGAAUAUCAAAUGUACGACGGUGUUCCAAGUCAUAAUCAACUUACCUUUACUCUUACUACCAAGUCAUUGGUAAGAGUACAAGCAUCUAUUCUUCCAGUGGAUGAAUCCGAUACCUAUAACACUGUUAUGGUACCAGCCAUCACCCUUACCACUCAACAAUCAAGUUACGGUGCUAUGACAGCCGUUCUCACUCCAUCCGGAGCUGGAACUCAGUACAUUCUUGCCAUUGGACAACCAGCCCUUACAAAAUUCAACAAUGCCACUGCCGUCGAUCUUGAACUCGUCAUUCAACCAUUCGAUCAAGUCGCCAAAGAGAUUGAUUCCAUCCCCUACUCUGUCGAUUGUAACACACUCUCACCAGCACCAGUCCUAUCCAACACCAACUCUUACAUGUUCAACGACAUUCAAACUAUCUCUGCUGAAGACAUGGCCAAGGACGGAAACAUCAUUAGCAUUCCAUUCUCCAUUCAAGUACCAAGCUUAUUCUACGCUCAAAUCGGAUUCCAAUUCUUGUUGGCCGAUCUCAAUAUGGAAUUCCAGAGAAACGACAAUCCAAGCCAAGUCAUUUAUGGUAAGAGCAACCGUAACGUCGUUGAGAUCAAUGCAAUGAUUCAACCAGGUGACUACACCUUGCUCAUCUCGACUGUUUCUUCGUUCCCAUCCGGUGCUUUCAAGGCUCAUUGCACUCCAUACCAUCUCACUUUGAUUAUCAACGAUGCCUCCAGCAGCACCCACACCGAUUGUUCACUCUUUGACUUGACUCCAUGGGAUUUGAGUAGCUUAGACGGUGGUAGCAAGCCAUUCGGUGGUCCAAUCGAUGGUUCUGGAACUCUCAACAUGUUUGGUAACACUUUCCUCAUUCCACAGACUCGUUCCACCCUCAACAUUGCCAUGUUACUCAAGGAGCAAUCACUCAUCAACGUCUACACCAAGGAGAAUACCGUUGUCACCAUUGACUACGAUGUCUAUGACAACAACCAAAACAUGCAAUCGAUUGUCUACAACACUGGUAGUCGUAACAACAAUCAACGUUCCGCUUUGUUCAUGGCCGGUCCAAUCGAUCGUACCGAUGGAGGAAUACCAUACACUUUGAACAUGCAAUACAAUGGUCGUGUCCGUGACAUGUGUCCAUCGUACGAGAUGCAAGUCGUUAUUAAACCAAUGGCUCGUAUCUAUGGUGAUCUCGCUUGUCCACAAACUGCCAACCCAAUGCCAUCGUCUGUCAUCGUGCCAGACAAAUACGGAUCGGCCACCGAGUAUGUCAAUUCCUUCUUCUCUGGUGACUAUCUCGCAAGAAAUACAUAUGCCUCUGGAUUCCGUUACAAUGUCAGUUUCUCAAUCACUCGUUACUCGCACGUCGAAGCCAUGUUCAGUUACUACUCUGAUGCCAGCAACUUCCUCCUCUUUAUCUACCAAAAGGUUACCGAUAAGAACAAUGUCACAUCGCUCAGUCAAAUCGGAGUUGGUGAUUGGUCAUCGCAAUACACCACCGGUCUCACCACACUCACCCAGACUCUUAUCAAUCCACGUUUGAGACCAGGAGACUACGUGUUGGUUAUCAACCAUCCACCAUUGGCACAACAAAUUGUCAAUGCUUCCAUCUAUGGUGAUCUCUGUUUCCCAUUCCUCUACUCGUUGACUAUCCUCGACGUCAAGACCGUCUACAUUGGAUCGGUCGUGCCAGCAAGUGCCGUCAAUUUGUCACCAAACAAAGCAUUGCCAUUGUCGAUCACAUUCUCUGAACCAUUGUACAACUCGAACAAGGCAUUGAUUGGUUGCAACAACGGUACCUCCUUGCUCAAGAAGGCAUUCUAUUUGAGUGACAACCAAAUUACACCAACUUUCUACCCAACCAAUGUUGUCUGCACAACGGACGACGCCCUCACAUGGACUCUCACCUUUAGUUCUGCUUUUGGUUCCUCAAAGAACUACCUCCUCGGACUGAUGCCAGGUUAUCUCUUUGAUGACUCUGGUGCCAACACCGUCCUCCCACCACUCCACCAAUAUUCAACCAUCGACACAACCUGCUCUGGAAACGGUGCAUUCGUCGAUCCAUCCUGUCAAUGCAAGCUCGGUUACGUCGGAACUACCUGUAACAUUUGUGACCAAGGUUACAUGGAGAAGAAUAAGGCUGGACAAGUCAUCUGUAUCAAGAAUCCAUGCACAUCGUACGACAUUUGCGGUUGCUUGCCAGGAACUGCCGGUACCAACUGUACUCCAAUCGGAGCAUGCUCUGCUGACGACACUGGUAAUGCCAUCUGUCACUGCAACAAGGCAUACUCUGGUAACCGUUGUCAGACCUGUAACGUCGGUUACAAGAACUUCCCAUACUGCACACCAAACUUUAACUGCGAAGGUGGUUGUGGUAAGGGAUCGUGCGAUCAUACCCAAGGUAUCUGUGUCUGUCCAUCGAACUACGAAGGUGAGAACUGCCAGAACUGUGCGCCAGGCUACAGCGGAGGUGACUGUAAGAAGAAUGGAUCAUCAGCAAUCGUUGCACUCGAGGUUAUCGCCGGUUUAGUUGCCGCCGCUCUUGUCAUUGGUUUGGCUGCAUGGUACAUCCGUCAUCGUUAUAGAUCGGGAGUCGCCAGAUACAAGAUGCUCCCCAAGUUUGAAAUUGAAGACGACGGUCAGGGAUCAAGAUUCCCAGGACUUUACGACUCUGACGAAGAAAGUAAUAGUAAUAAUAAUAAUCACUCAAUUAAUAGUGGAGGUGGUAAACAACAUGUUUUUAGCUUUGCCCCUCAAUCGACAUCAGUUAUGGACGACAGUGAUGAUGAUCAAAGCAACAAUAAUCAAAACAACAGUAUAGAUCUUCAAUCACAAAAAAGUAAACUUCUCUUCGACAUGUAG